CUGCGCAGCCUCGGAGUGGCCCCGGGCCUGGGUCGGCGUUGGACUGAAGUGAGGGAGGCAGUUGGUUUUAGUCUCCGGCGGAAACGGGCGGGCGGCUAGCGAGUCAGGCUACCCAAUGCUAUAUAGGACAUAUUUGAAUCGACUUUCAAAAGCUGCUCUUACGGUUGGUUUUUCUAGAUGCGGUAGGGAAACGAAUGGAGGAUUCCAUGUGCAAGCUCAAAGACACAAAACCAUGGCUAAAACUAAAUUUGAAUACGUUCGCCAGUUUGAAGCUGAUGAUACCUGUCUACAAAAUUGCUGGGUUGUGGUUCGACUGGAUGGUAGAAAUUUUCACAAGUUUGCAAAUCUGCAUGAUUUCAGAAAGCCCAAUGAUGAGCGGGCCCUCCGUCUGAUGACACGAUGUGCUUCAACUGUCAUGGAAGAACUGAAUGACAUUGUAAUCGCCUAUGGCCAAAGUGAUGAGUACAGUUUUGUCUUUAAGAAGACAAGUAACUGGUUCAAAAGGAGAGCAAGCAAAUUCAUGAGCCACGUGGUGUCUCAGUUUUCUUCCAGCUUUGUUUUCUACUGGAAGGAUUAUUUUAAAGAUCAAGCUCUGUUAUUUCCACCUGGAUUUGAUGGGAGAGUCAUUCUUUAUCCAAGCAACCAGAACCUGCGUGACUACCUAAGUUGGAGGCAGGCAGAUUGUCAUAUUAAUAACCUUUACAAUACAACCUUUUGGGCAUUAGUGCAGCAAGGUGGUUUGUCUAACAGCGAAGCUGAAGAAAAACUAAAGGGUAGUCUUGCUGGAGAAAAAAACGACAUUUUAUUUUUGGAGUUUAAUGUAAACUACAAUAACGAACCAGAAAUGUAUAGAAAAGGAACAGUGUUGAUAUGGCAUAAGGUUGACGAGUCUAUUGAUAAAAAGAUUAUAACUCCGGAUGCACCAGAGGGAAAGAAUGUUGUGGUUAAAAGGACUCGCAAGAAAGUUCUUCCAUUUCAUGUGGAUAUCAUUGGAGAUAAGUUCUGGGAGGAGCACUCAGAGAUUCUUGCUGAUAACAGCUAAGCAAAGAUUUCUUCUUAACACCAUCCUGAUGAUACUGACAUCGGGAAUUCAAAUCAACAAGCAAUGUCGGGUCUCCUGAUUCUUUGUCCAGCUGGUUAAUUUGGAUUUUGAGUUGCAGGGAAUAAUGGAAGGAUGCUGCAUUAUGCCCAAGUCAGCUCCAAGUUACCCAGUGGGGUUCACAGGAUUGCAAGAAGGGGCAAGAUGCUUUGUUUUCUCUUUCAUUCCCUUCCUGAUCAGAGUGCUGAACUUGGGCUUCCUUUUACUGCUGCAGGCUGAACGGACUAAUAUGGUUGAGAUUAUAAAAUUUGAGCUGGGGUCCUGAUGUCAUUUAAAGUUGAAUUAUGUACAGAUUUUUAAUGUUAGAUGUGCUUUUGACAAAUGUCUUUGAAUGAAGAAAUGUAAUAUUAUUUCUAGUUCAGGUUAAUAAUUCUCUUUAUUAAAUCUUGAUAAUGUUUUAAAUA